GGCAUACCUUCGCAUCUCAAGCCGGCUCGUGUUGGGUUGUAUAAAAACCCCGGCGACCGUGGGAGAGUUACACUCACUCGUGUGCUCUAGUGGUUCACAGAUUACCUCAGCUAGCAAUUUGGCUGCAUUCCACUUUUAGCAAUGGAGACUUUAACAGAAAACAGAAUGCCGGAGCGGGUCUCAUCCCACAGAAGGGCCAACAAACCGUUGGUUGAGAAGCGGCGCCGUGCUCGUAUCAACGACAGCUUAUCACAGUUGAAAUCGCUGCUCCUCCAAGCUAUGAAACAAGAUAGCGCACAAUUCUCCCGCCUUGAGAAAGCUGAUAUCCUGGAAAUGACUGUCAAGUACCUGCGCCAUAUGCAGAGACAGCACGUGUCCACUGACGUGACCUCCGACCCCGGAGUUGCUGCCAAAUACCGUGCCGGGUUCAACCAAUGUGCAAACGAGGUGCUCAAUUACUUCCAGUCUUCUAGCGGUGUCAAAGAAGAGGUGAAGUCAUCGCUUGCCGAUCAUCUUGGGAAAUGUCUGUCAAUUGUGACCCCAGCUCCCUCAUCCAUCACAGAACAUCAGCAGACGACAUUCCAUGACUCGAAACAGACGACUUACGCAGCACGUGCUGAGAGCGUAUCUCCUGUCAACGGCCAAACCAGAUGUUUACAGCCGCUUCAGAUUCAGAUCCCGGAGUCGGCUGACAUGAUGACGUCAUCCCCAAACAAGCAGACGACACCCACCAGUCUCCUUCUCAUGCCGCUCGCUCACUCUACACCUGUUGUUCCAGUUAUGCACGUGCAGGAUCACGUGAUGUCAACAUCCCGCGAGAGCAGUCCCGACAGCUUCAGUGUGGCGACGAACUUUAAUGACUAUAAAAACAUCACAAAUAUCAGAGUGCACCCUUACCACAGCGACGUCGAGUACGUGCAGCAGACGACGCGACAUGUCUCCUACCCCGUUCAUCCCGUACCGCGCAUGUCAACAGGUACCCGGAUGUAUGAAUCUGUGAGCCCUGUUCACCGUUACUCACCACCACAGUGUGCCUUCCAGGAGGAAAAGGUGUGGCGUCCCUGGUAACCAUGGAAACGCCAAUUUCCGCGGUAACCACAGUUACGUAGAACUUAUGACAUUCUCAAACUGCCAAGAAAUGACUUUUGCAAGUGCCUACUGCGGUUCUUUUGCCGCUCUUGUUAUAUUUUUGAUACAUUUAUUUUUGUGUUGUGUGUAACACUGUUGUUUAGAAACUUUGAUAUAUAUUAGACUCCGGCUUCCCACGAAGCGCGAUCAUUCCCACACUUCACUACCGCAUCUUCUUCUAUCUGGAGUGGACCAGGUCUUCAUCUUUUCAUCUGUCGGUCCACGACUUCAUCUCAUCACAUCUGUAAAACAGAUGGAAACUUCUCGCGCUGAACUUUCACCUUUCAUAAUACACCCAUUAUAUGAUAUGUGUUGCGAUGACGUCACGGUUGAUGACGUCACAUGUAUUGUCUUCCAUGCUCACUUUGGUGCUUCUGAAACACGUAUGAUCGUUAAAAACGGAUACUUGUAAUGCCAUAAACCGUUAUAUUUUUCUACAUGUUUAUAUAUGUAUAAAUAAAUAUUUUCUUAAACAAAA